ACCAGGUACUAGGGUAUUCUAGACUCGAGAUCUCACUUCUGCAGCCUCCCUUCCCCUAGCCAUGGCGUCCUUAGUUUCGCGACCUAUAAAGAGCGAAGGGCUCAGUAUAAGACUCAUUCAAGUUUCUAAAAGCAAUCAAAGGAAAGCCUCUUCAGUAUCUCUCACUAUCUCGCGACCAAAUAUCUCAAAACUCUCUCAAACUACUAGUCUUAGAAACUCGACAUGGCGAAAGGCGACGGACCCGCUAUCGGCAUUGACUUGGGAACGACGUACAGCUGCGUGGGCGUGUGGCAGAACGAUCGCGUCGAGAUCAUCGCGAACGACCAAGGGAACCGAACCACCCCGUCGUACGUCGCAUUCACCGAAACCGAGCGACUCAUUGGCGACGCUGCGAAGAACCAAGUCGCUAUGAACCCCAGAAACACCGUCUUCGAUGCGAAGCGGUUGAUCGGCCGGCGGUUUUCCGAUCCGACGGUCGAGGCUGACGCGAGGCUCUGGCCGUUCAAGAUCGUCCGUGGAGCGUCGGAAAAGCCGAUGAUCGCGGUGGAAUUCAAAGGCGAGGAGAAGCGCUUUUCAGCAGAGGAGAUCUCAUCCAUGGUGCUGGUCAAAAUGAAGGAGAUCGCAGAGACUUACCUGGGGAAUACCGUGAAGGAUGCGGUGAUCACUGUUCCCGCUUACUUCAACGAUUCGCAGAGGCAAGCCACCAAGGACGCGGGCGCCAUUGCUGGGCUCAACGUGCUGCGCAUUAUAAACGAACCCACGGCAGCUGCUAUCGCGUACGGCCUGGACAAGAAGAGCGGCAGCAGCAGCGGCGGAGGGAGCGGGAAGGAGCAUAACGUCCUGAUCUUCGACCUGGGCGGAGGCACGUUCGACGUGUCCGUGUUGAGCAUCGAGGACGGCGUUUUCGAGGUGAAGGCGACGGCUGGCGACACGCACCUGGGAGGGGAGGAUUUCGACAACCGGCUGGUGAAUCACUUCGUGGCGGAAUUCAAGCGCAAGCACAGGAAGGACCUGGGCAGCAACCCUCGGGCUAUCCGGCGGCUGCGGACGGCCUGCGAGCGGGCCAAGAGAACCCUUUCAGGCACGGCGCAGACGACGAUCGAAAUCGACUCCCUGUUUGAGGGGGUAGAUUUCUAUUCCACCCUGACCCGCGCGCGAUUCGAGGAGCUGAACAUGGACCUGUUUCGGAGGUGCAUGGAGCCGGUGGAGAAGUGCCUGAGGGACGCGCGGAUGGACAAGCGGCAGAUCCACGACGUGGUGCUGGUGGGCGGGUCGACCCGCAUUCCCAAGGUGCAGCAACUGCUGGGGGAGCUGUUCAGUGGCAAGGAGCUCUGCAAGAGCAUCAACCCGGACGAGGCAGUGGCUUGCGGCGCGGCGGUGCAGGCGGCCAUUCUGAGCGGGCAAGGGGGCGGCAAGGUGCUGCAGGAUCUGCUGCUUCUGGACGUGGCGCCGCUCUCCCUUGGCUUGGAGACAGCCGGCGGAGUGAUGACAACUCUUAUUCCACGAAACACCACGAUUCCGACGAAGAAGCAGGAGGUAUUCUCCACAUUUUCAGACAACCAGCCAGGGGUGCUGAUUCAGGUGUACGAAGGGGAGAGGGCGCGCACGCAGGACAACAACCUGCUGGGCAAGUUUGAGCUGGCCGGGAUCCCGCCGGCUCCACGAGGGAUGCCGCAGGUUACAGUCACGUUCGAUAUUGAUGCGAAUGGGAUCCUGAGCGUGCGGGCGGAGGAGAAGAGCAGCGGGAAGAGCAGCCGGAUCACGAUCCGCAAUGACAAGGGCCGGCUGAGCCAGAGUGAGAUCGAGCGGCUUGUGAAGGAGGCGGAGAGAUUCAGGGAGGAGGACGAGCAGGUGAAGAGGCGGGUGGAGGCGAAGAACCAGCUGGAGAACUACGCUUACCAAGUGAGGAACACAGUGAGGGACGAUAAGAUAGGGAGCAAGCUGGGGGCAGAGGACAAGCAGAGGGUUGAGGGUGUUGUGCAUGCGACGCUUGAGUGGCUGGAUGGAAACGAGCUGGCAGAGGUGGAGGAGUUUGAGGAGAAGCAGAGGGAGCUGGAGGGGGUGUGCUCACCCAUCAUGGCUCGCAUAUACCAGGGCAAUGCGGGGGCUGCUGGCUGUGGCUCUGCUGCUGCUGGCUGUGGUUCUGCUGCUGCAGGUUGCGGGUUUGCUUCCAGGGAUGGGCAGAGCGGUGCAUCCCCUGCAGAGCCUAAGAUAGAGGAGGUGGAUUAGGGUUCCUGAGUUGCUGAAUCCUGUGUCAUCAUGCGAAGGUAGCUCUCUGAGUGAACAGCAGGUCCUGCAGCACCUUACCAAAACAGCACAGCGUGGCAGCUUUCAAUAUUGUGCUGUUAACCAGUACCUAAUGGACCCGAGUUGCAAAUUUUGUACAAUGGCAUUGUCUGUUAACGUAGAAACGAA